UCCGGGAGCUGUGCCGAUAAAGCUCGCCAGGGCCAAGCAAAUCCUAGAAGAACGCUCCUACAUUCAAGGCCCCAACAAUCCAUCCUCGCGAGGAAGAAUUCGUUGUCCAAUUCUUCUACUGGAUGCAAUAGUUCGCUUCCAAGAGGUCCGCGAGGAUGAAUUCGGCCUCCAGUUCUACUUCCGCCUCCAUCCCCCAGAUCGACUACUCGGCGCCGGCAGCGCGAUCCUCCAAUGUCGGGGAUCCAAAUGAUCCCCUCUUCGACGACCAUACAUGGCGGCCGUGCCCUUGCAUCCAGCUCGACACCAGGAACCAGAUACGCAUCACGAUCCCGGCAUCGAUCCAGCACAAAGUCCGCGAGCAGCGCGUGGCAAUCUCACUGGUGAUCGUGCCCAGCGUCCGCAACACGCCCGCCAACGUGGAUGUGGAGCCGGAUCAAGACCCUCUCGGUGGGCGUGCUCUUGAUGGACGUGCUCAAGAACAAGGAGGCGCUGGGUUUCUACCCCUACCGGAUCAGAUUCUCGAUCGAGCCACUGCUGGGCGAUCCCAGUGCCGUCGCGAUCACUCUACACGCGCAGGAUCAGUGGAGCUGGGGAGAGGAUCUGGGGAAUGGAAUACGAGGAAUCGACAGAGACGGGGAUGAUCAGCGCUGGCGGGGAGGAGUCUGGGAACACGGCGGUGUUUGAGUGGAGGCUCUUGCGAUAGAGCCACAAUGGGGUGAGGUACAACGCGAACAAGCCACACUCUGGACUGGGCUUAUCUACCAAGUCUCUCAAGGCCCCAUUUCCAGGAGGAAGCACAGGAAUCAACGAUGUCAUGUGGCCUCUACACUCGAGCGUGAGAUCAAAGUUUCCGCUCCAAUUCAAGUUCCAGUUGGAGGUGGGAAUGCAUCUGCUGUGGUUUGUGGGCACGUACCGGCUGCUCCGAGUGGCCAAAUGGACUAGCGAGGCAUUUGAGUUUCAUCACGAGUUUCUAGUCAAUCCACCGUCCUGAAAGUGUUCAUUGGAAACAAAAAAAUCAAGUGGAAUAUAGAAAAUGUCCUAAUUUCUCUAGGACGGGGAUUGCCACUU